AUGCCAGGAUAUGAUGGUUACCGGAGCCGAUGGUUGCGUACUGAUAACAGCUGUAUUGGUCGAUUUCCGGAAUUUAUUACCAACCAAAUGUAUGGAAAUGGUAUCCAACCAUACACAAUGAUCGUAGUAGAACAAGUAGGACAUCGUAGUGGACAACACAAUGAUCAAUGUACUCCUAAGAUUCAAAAGUAACAGUCUAGAAACCACGUUGACGGAGAUCAUGGCCUGUGUUUUACGGCAAGGUGUAUAAUCCACCUCGGAUUACGCGUGCAACCUCCUUCAGCAAGUGCAAGUACCAAGUGCGAAAACAAAGUUC